GCGAGAGGCCGGGCCGGGGGCGCCAUGGAGCUCCGCGCCCCGGCCUGGUGUCUGCUGUGCGCCGCCGCGCUGGCCGCCUGCGCCCGCGGGGACCCGGCCAGCAAGAGCCGGAGCUGCGGCGAAGUCCGCCAGAUCUACGGCGCCAAGGGCUUCAGCCUGAGCGACGUGCCCCAGACGGAGCUCUCGGGGGAACACCUGCGGAUCUGCCCCCAGGGCUCCACCUGCUGCAGUGCUGCCAUGGAGGAGAAACUGGCCAACCGCAGCCGUGCUGAGCUGGAGGAAGCGCUCCUGGACAGCGGCCGCGCCCUGCAGGCCGUGCUGGCCACGCAGCUACGGGCCUUCGACGACCACUUCCAGCGCCUGCUGAACCAGUCGGAGCGCACGUUGCUGGCCGCCUUCCCCGGUUCCUUCGGGGAGCUGGACGCGCAGAGCGCCCGCGCCUUCCGGGACCUGUAUGCCGAGCUGCGCCGCUACUGCCGCGGGGCCGGCUUGCACCUAGAAGAGACACUGGCCGAGUUCUGGGCGCGGCUGCUGGAGCGGCUUCUGCGCCUGCUGCACCCGCGCCUGCUGCUGCCUGACGACUACCUGGACUGCCUGGGCAAGCAGGCAGAGCCGCUGCGGCCCUUUGGAGACGCCCCGAGGCAGCUGCGCCUGCGUGCCACUCGUACGCUUGUGGCUGCCCGCGCCUUCCUGCAGGGCCUGGGCGUGGCCGGGGACGUAGUCCGGAAGGUGGUCCAGGUGCCUCUGGGCCCCGAGUGCUCCAGGGCCGUCAUGAGACUGAUGUACUGUGCACCCUGCCUGGGGGUCACUGGUGCUCGGCCCUGCCCCGACUACUGUCGAAACGUGCUCAAGGGCUGCCUGGCCAACCAGGCCGACCUGGACGCUGAAUGGAGGAACCUCCUGGACUCCAUGGCGCUGGUCACCGACAAGUUCUGGGGCCCGUCAGGCGCAGAGAGCGUCAUGGGCAGUGUACACAUUUGGCUGGCAGAGGCUGUCAAUGCGCUGCGGGACAGUCAGGACACAAUGAUGGCCAAGGUCAUCCAGGGCUGCGGAAAUCCCAGAGUGAACCCUGAAGGUGCCGAGGAGUCUCGGCACCGAAACAAGCUGGUGCUUCCAGAGAUGCCACCCACAGGGGCCCUGGACAAGCUGGUACCCGAGGCCAAGGCCCAGCUCCGCGCCGCACAGGACUUCUGGAUCAGCCUUCCAGGGAUGUUGUGCACUGAGAAGCUGGCCAUGAGCAUUGCCAGUGAUGAGCACUGUUGGAAUGGCAUGGCCAGGGGCCGGUACCUCCCAGAGGUGAUGGGUGAUGGCCUGGCCAACCAGAUCAACAACCCUGAGGUGGAGGUGGAUAUCACCAAGCCAGACAUGAGCAUUCGCCAGCAGAUCAUGCAGUUGAAGAUCAUGACCAACCGCCUGCGUAGUGCCUACAAUGGUGACGAUGUGGACUUCCAGGAUGCCAGUGACGAUGGGAGCGGCUCGGGCAGUGGAGAGGGCUGCCCGGAUGCCAUUUGUGGCCACCGGGGAGGCAGGAAAAGCCCUAGCUCCAGGACAUCCCUGACCCAUGCCCUGCCCGGUCUGUCGGAGCAGGAAGGCCAGAAGACCUCGGGCGUGGGGUGCCCGCAGCCCCACGUGCCCAUGCUGCUCCUGCUGCUCACUCUGAUCCUGUCAGCGGCCAGGCCCUGUUGGUGGUAACUGCCUGCAGCUCUGGCAACCAAGGCCACGG